AUGGGAACAUCAGUGCAGGUGACACCACUAAGCGGUGUAUACAAUGAAAAUCCACUCUCUUACUUAGUCUCCAUCGACGGUUUCAAUUUCUUAAUGGACUGCGGUUGGAACGAUCACUUCGAUCCCUCUCUUAUUCAACCUCUCUCUAAAGUAGCUUCAAAAAUCGAUGCAGUCUUGAUAUCUUAUGGCGAUACGCUUCAUUUAGGAGCAUUGCCUUUUGCUAUGAAGCAAUUUGGACUUAAUGCUCCUGUUUUUUCUACUGAACCUGUUUAUCGAUUAGGUCUUCUCACUAUGUACGAUCAGCUUCUCUCUCGCAAGGCUGUUUCGGAGUUUGAUUUGUUUAGUUUAGAUGAUAUUGAUUCUGCUUUCCAGAAUUUCACUAGGCUUACUUACUCUCAAAAUCAUCAUCUUUCUGGGAAGGGAGAGGGGAUUGUUAUUGCACCGCAUGUGGCGGGACAUGUACUGGGAGGAACUGUGUGGAAGAUAACGAAAGAUGGAGAGGAUGUUGUUUAUGCUGUUGAUUUCAAUCAUCGAAAAGAAAGGCAUUUGAAUGGAACUGUUUUGGAGUCGUUCUACCGGCCUGCUGUUCUUAUAAGCGAUGCUUAUAAUGCUUUAAAUAGUCAGCCUUCUAGACAGCAAAGAGACAAACAAUUUCUAGAGACUAUUUUAAAGACUCUAGAAGCUGGUGGAAAUGUAUUACUACCAGUUGAUACUGCUGGCCGAGUUUUGGAACUUCUACUAAUAUUGGAACAGUUCUGGGGACAGCGGUUUUUGAACUAUCCCAUAUUCUUUCUCACGUAUGUUUCAUCAAGCACCGUUGAUUACAUCAAGAGUUUCUUGGAGUGGAUGAGUGAUUCAAUUGCAAAGUCUUUCGAAACUUCACGUGAUAAUGCUUUUCUUCUAAAGCAUGUGACACUUCUGAUAAGUAAGAAUGAACUGGAUAACGCUCCAACUGGUCCAAAGGUUGUUCUAGCAUCUGUGGCUAGUUUGGAAGCAGGUUUUUCUCAUGAUAUAUUUGCUGAAUGGGCGGCUGAUGUCAAGAAUCUUGUGCUCUUUACGGAAAGGGGUCAGUUUGGCACGUUAGCUCGCAUGCUUCAGGCAGAUCCACCUCCAAAGGCUGUGAAAAUGACCAUCUCAAAGAGGGUUCCCCUGGUUGGGGAUGAGUUAAUUGCUUAUGAAGAAGAGCAAAAGCGGUUAAAGAAGGAAGAGGAACUAAAAGCUAGUCUGAUCAAAGAGGAGGAAUCAAAAGUGUCUCAUGGGCCUGAUAACAAUUUGAGUGAUCCAAUGGUCGUUGAUUCUAGCAACACGCAUGCUCCGCUAGAUGCUGUUGGUUCACAUGGGACUGGAUACCGAGACAUAUUAAUUGAUGGAUUUGUUCCUCCGUCCACCAGUGCUGCACCAAUGUUUCCAGUCUAUGAGAAUAGCUCAGAGUGGGAUGAAUUUGGCGAAGUCAUAAAUCCUGAUGAUUAUGUACUUCAUGAUGAAGACAUGGACCAAACAACUAUGCAUCGAUGGAAUGUCCUCAUUUUGGUGAAGUUGAUAGUUGGUGGAGAUAUUGACGGAAAACUUGAUGAAGAGUCUGCUAGUUUGAUACUUGAUACCAAGCCUUCAAAAGUUGUGUCUAAUGAACUGACUGUGCAAGUGAAAUGUUCAUUGAUUUACAUGGACUAUGAAGGGCGUUCUGAUGGACGCUCAAUUAAAUCAAUUCUUACCCACGUGGCUCCCUUGAAGCUUGUUUUGGUGCAUGGAUCAGCUGAGGCCACAGAACACUUGAAGCAGCAUUUCUUGAGUAUAAAGACUGUCCAGGUUUAUGCUCCCCAAAUUGACGAGACAGUUGAUGUUACCUCUGAUUUGUGUGCAUACAAGGUACAACUUUCAGAGAAGCUGAUGAGCAAUGUGCUAUUUAAAAAGUUAGGAGACUAUGAAGUAGCCUGGGUUGAUGCUGAAGUAGGGAAGACGGAGAAUGACAUGCUGUCAUUACUGCCCCUCUCAUCUCCACCCCCUCCACAUAAAUCUGUUCUUGUUGGUGAUCUGAAAAUGGCAGAUUUCAAACAGUUUCUGGCCAGCAAGGGCGUUCAGGUAGAAUUUGCUGGUGGGGCAUUGCGAUGUGGAGAGUACGUGACGUUGCGCAAAGUUGGGAAUCCAAGCCAAAAGGGUGGGGCUUCUGGCACUCAACAAAUUAUCAUUGAAGGUCCUUUAUGUGAAGAUUAUUAUAAGAUACGCGAGUAUCUAUAUUCACAGUUUUAUUUGCUGUAA